AUGGGCGAGUUGUGCGAGUGGGCAUGUUGUUUCUUCUUCCUGGAAUUCUUUUCCUGUGUUAAGAACGAUGGGCAAGUGCCAACCACCGCCGCAAUUCGCGUGGUGUUCCACUGGCCAGAGGGGUCAGUGCGGCUGCCGUCGGAACCAGCUGCGUCUGACGCAAAACUUAUUCCGCCGGGCGCGAGCGCGACGUUCAGCGUGGUGGGCGUGCUGCUUCAGCCGAUGCUGUGGGGUGUGCGCUCACCUUCGAUGUACGUCGCCGCGGUGGAGCUCGUGGUGUCCGAUGCCGGCGGGCCCGACCGAGUCGCUGAUCGCGUGGACGUGAGGUUCGGUGUGCGAAAGGUGGAGUGGGGAAGCAAGCUCGGGUUCCGGCUCAACGGCGAGUCUCUCAAGCUGCGGGGCGGCUGCUUGCACCACGACAACGGGCCGCUGGGCGCGGCUGCGAUCGACCGCGCCGAGGAACGCCGCGUCGAGAUCCUGAAGAGGAAUGGGUACAACGCGAUUCGCACCGCGCACAACCCCGCGUCUCCCGCCCUUCUCGACGCAUGUGAUCGGCUUGGCAUGCUCGUCGUGAACGAGGCGUUCGACAGCUGGAGCAAGGGCAAGCUUGCGGACGACUACCACCUCUACUUCGACGCGUGGUGGCACCGCGACCUGGCGGACAUGGUCUUGCGGGACCGCAACCACCCGAGCGUGGUGAUCUGGUCCAUUGGGAACGAGAUCCCCCUCCGUGCCCGCCCUCUCGGCGCGACCAUGACGUCGAGCAUCGGCAAAUACGCCUCGAGUUACGAGGAGGCGGUCUUCAAGGGCCAUCCCGACAAGGUGGUGCGCUCGGACGUCCGUCCUGCGGACUACAUCAGCUCUUCGCGCCUCGGCUCCUUUUGGGCGACGCGUGCGGAAGAGCUGCUCAUCCUUUUGUUUCUGGCGCUUGUGAUCGGGUACUGCACCGGCUUCUACGUGGUCGGGUGGACCGCGCUGCUCCCGGUGAGGCUGGUGAUGAGCUAUGGUUGGGAUCUGCUCCUCGCCAGUGCGAUGCUGCUCCGACUGCACGGCCGCCUCUUCGCGCCGCGUCUGCCCGGGAAAAAGGCGGUCGCAGCCAUGCCGGCCGCGGAGCAGGAGGAGGCCAAGGCGAGGCGGAAGGCGGCGGCGCGCGCCUACUCCUCGAGGCGCAACGGCGCGCUCCUCGCGUGCGCGCUCGCCGCCGCGGCCCGUUGGCACUACGGCUGGGGGGACGUCCGCUCCUACUUGGGCGCGUCUUCCUGAUGGCGUGCGCGCGAGCUGGCGAGUGCGUGGUAAUGCGUGGGAGCCCCUCCCGGGCAGUGAGAGGAGUGCUCUGAAAGGGCCCCCACUCUCGUCUCGCCGAUCGGUCUCGGCCGCGGCUCUCCCUCCGCGACCGUGAAGAGGCCAGUCCGGGUUUUUGUGCCGCAUAACACUGGGCUCUUGGUUGGCUCCAGUGAAAAUACAUCAGGUGUGUGUA